AUGAAUAACUCUCAAAAUUGUGCCGGCUGCAAAAACUCUAUAACGAAUAAAGACUCUCUAAAAUGUAUGCAAUGCAAUGGGAAAAACGAUAUGGAUUGUGCAAACAUCAGCCCAAAGAACUUUCGUCAAAUGGAGCGAAAAAAAGAACAUUGGAAAUGCCCGGAAUGUCUAAGCAAACUACCAAAAGAAGGCAAUUCUAACACCCCUGUGCGAGGCACCACGGCAAUCUUAGAGGGAGGAACAAACCUACGAACGGAUUCAUCCACCGUGUCGCAUGUCCUCAAGAAUGGCAAUCCCAAUGUAACGGUCCGAUCCAAGGUGUUAAAUCCACCCCCACUCAGUGAGACGAGCAACCUAGUACAAGGCGUUGAGAACAUCACCAUCAACUCUUACGCGGAUAUUCUGAAUGACUUAAAAAUCUACAUGAAAAAUUUAUUACACGAUGAAAUGGACAGAGUACAAAAAGCUAUCGGUAGUCUUACAAAUACCAUUAAAGACCAAAACAGCCGGAUUGAGCAACUGGAAGCUAGAGUUUCGAUAUUGUAG